AAACUGAAAUAUUUAAAAUUUUGUAUAAAGAUACAUAUCUUUUUUAUUUAGGUGGUCGUCAAAUUCAUUCCGUUUACUUUAUUGGAAUAAUUGAUGGUAACGAAAAUUUUUGAAAGUGCAAAGUUUGAUCUCUGGCGUUUUUAAACGAUGAAUGAUUUAAUCAUGUGUAAUAUUGAAUUGUUAUAAUUCUAUUGUUUUCUUUUUUCAUAAUGUUGGAAGCAUGUAAUAAUCGACGUUCAAAGUUUAUAGUAAAAGUUCCAUUGAGAGAAGCUAUUGCAAAUUUGAAUGUUCCUGCAGUUGUAGCAUUUGGCAAUCCUUUACUGGAUGCUUUUGUAUUUUUAAAAAAUAAGGAUUUGCUGAAAAAACAUAAUCUUACAAUAGAUGGAGAAACAGAACUUACUACUGAAAAAAUGCAGGAAUUAUUGGCAGACUUACAGCUAGAAUCGGAACCGACAAUUAGUGCAGGAGGGUCAGCACAAAACUCAAUGCGAAUUUUAGAAUGGCUUUGCGAUGAAACUUUUAAACAUCGAUAUUGUAUUUAUUGUGGAGGUCUUGGAAAUGAUUCAAAGGGAACAACAUUGAAAAAUUUAGUUAGAUCAGCAGGUGUGGAUGCAAGAUAUGCAGUUCAUUCAUCUCUACCUACAGGACAAUGUAUAGCAUUGAUAAACGAAUCAUCUCGUAGUCUUGUUGCAAAUAUAGGUGCUGCUGGUGUAUAUAAUGUUGAUGAUCUCAAGAGAUGCAAUUUGUCAUUGGAUACAAUAAAAAUAAUUUAUAUUGAAGGAUUUUUCAUAACUCACAGUUUUCCUGUAGCAAAAGAACUUGUUACACAAGCACAACAAAGAAAUAUAAUUGUUGCUUUUAACUUAAAUGGAAGAUAUAUAUUCAAAGAUCAUCAGGUAGCAAUUUGUGAAAUGGUUGGACAUGCAAACAUUGUAUUUGGAAAUUCAAGAGAAAUGGAAGCUUUAGCCCAAGCAUUAAACAUUGCUUAUGACGAUGUAGCUGAUAUACCAUUUUUAUUGAAUAGUCUCAAAAAAAUUGCAGUUAAUGCUUACAGUAUUUAUAAAAACUGGUGGUCUCAUGGUGGAGUAUUUGUUAUGACCCAAGGUGACUCUGCACCAGCGAUUGCUGUUUGGGGGACGGGUUAUUCGGUUCAAGUGGAACCAGUUAAGCCAAAAGUUCCUGUUGUAGAUACUACAGGUGCUGGUGAUUCUUUGGUAGCUGGUUUUUUAGCUGGUGUAUUAGCUAACUGGGAUCCAAAAGAUUGUUUGGAAUAUGGUUGUAAAGUAGCAUCUUUUAUGGUAACAAGACUUGGAGUUAUAUUACCACCAAAUGUACCACCAGAUUUAAUACAAUAACGUAAAUAUUUUAAUAUUUAUAUAUUGUUUGUUAUUGUCUGGUACUUAAUUGUUUUAUGUGAAAUUCUAUGAGUACUUUAUACUCAGAGUUCUAUUAAACAAAAAAUACUUGUUGUGAUAAUAGAAAUGUAACAUUCUGUAUCUAUGUUUAUAUGUGGUUGUAGGUGAUUCUAUGUCGAUGUUAUAGAGAAAUUUUUAGUUUAUUUGACACAUGUUAUAUAGAUAUUUAAUUUUGUGAAAUCUAUAAACAAUUAUGGUUUUUGUAACAUAAAUAAUGUUGUGUAUCUGUCUUAUAAAAUUUGUAUAUCAGUAAAUGAUACAUGUAACAUGGUGCUAUGGAAUUUGAUGAUACUUAUAAUUUUAUUUCAGAAAUUAUUUUGAUUUAGUAUUAAAUAAGUUUAAUUUUAAUAUAAGAAAAAUAUGGAUCAAUCAAUUAAUUCCAGUCUUAAAAAAAUUAUAUUGUUAUGUAUGAUUUAUUUUCAUAUAAACUGUUUACUAUCACUGUUUAAUUGGUGGAAAAAAAUGUUACAUAUAUA